AUGGAGGUGGGGGAGGGCCACCUCUUCAUAAUGGAUAGAAUCAUGUCUUGGAAUAUCCGGGGCCUCAACAAUCCUAAAAACCAAUGUGAGAUUAAGCAAUUAAUCUUUAAUAAGAAGAUAGGAUUGGUUGGGCUCUUGGAAACAAGGGUGAAAACCCAGAAGUUAGGAGAAGUUUAUACGAGAAUGUUCUCAGGGUGGUGGUUUUCAUCUAAUAACGCCUGGCAUAAGGGUGGCCGAAUAAUAAUUAGUUGGAAUCUGUCUAUAUUUCAUAUUGAUAUCAGAUUUUGUACGAGUCAACUGAUGCAUUUGGAAGUUAGAUCGAAUAAUGGGCAUGAAUGUUUCUUAGUUACUUUUGUUUAUGCCUUCAAUGAUGUAAAUGGACGAGAUAUCUUAUGGCGAGACUUGAAAUUUCUGGCAGGAGGUCAUAAGCAACCAUGGGUGAUAUUAGGUGAUUUCAAUGAUAUUUUGAAUGCAGAUGAAAGGGUAGGCAAUAGAGUGCAAGGAGGUAGUUCUUCAACGUUCAAAGAUUGUAUAGAAGAGUGUCAACUUGAAUAUGUGAAAUAUUCGGGAUGCUUUUUCACAUGGAAUAAUAAGCAAGACAAAGAAGGCAGAAUUUAUUCGAAGAUUGAUAGGGUUAUGGCAAACCAAGAAUGGAUUAUUCAAUAUGAACUUACGGAGGUUAUGUUUUUAUCUGAAGGUACUUUUGAUCACUCUCCAGCAAUCCUUUUAACGCUAAAGCGCCUUAAAGGAGUUCUCAAGGACAUUAACAAGCAAGGUUUUAAUAACAUACAAGCUGCUGAUAAUAUAGCUUAUCAGGAUAUGAAAAGCAAGCAGGAUUGUCUAAAUAAGGAUCCAUUGAAUGAACAAUUGAUAGAACAAGAAACAGCAGCAAGGAUGGAAUACAUUGCAGUUCAUAAGAGAUUUCUCUCCUUUUUGUAUCAAAAAUCAAAACUGGCUUGGAUUAAAGAAGGCGAUGAUAAUACACAUUUAUUCCACUCAAGUAUUCGAGCAAGGAGAAUAAGGAAUAAAAUUUAUUCUAUUCAAGAUAUGGCUUGUAAUUGGGUGGAUAAUCCUGGAGCAGUAAUAGUAGCUUUACUAAAUUACUAUCAGGAGCUGUUGGGAACUAAGCUGGAAAAUAAAAUAAGGGUACAAACCAAUAUUGUAGAAUGUGGGGCUGUUUUAUCUUAA